GGAGUGGUUGCCAUGUUUUGUCCAUUUAUAUGUCGAGAAAUCCGAUCUGGCGUGGCAUCUUCUCAAACUUAUCCAAUUUCUCUUCCACCAUGGGUUAAUCCUCCUACAUUGAGGCUGAUCUUUUACUACUAUCUGUUCCAUCAAAUGUGUACCAAACGGAUUUGUGAGCUAACGUUGGCUGCUGAUAGCCUACACUUGAGGACCCUUAGUGAUCUCACGAUUCGUACACUUGCAAGGGUUAUUGAAGGGAAGUCCCCGAUACGAGAGAUAUUUCAUUUGGCUGAUGAUCUCGCAGAGCUUGGAGAAAUGCGUGAUUCUUGUCGCUUUAUUGUGUAA